GCCAUGCACUUCCUGUUCCUUUCGGCAUUUUUCUGGCUUAACACCAUGUGCUUCAACAUCUGGUGGACUUUUAGAGAUCUUCGGCCGCAAAGUUUGGAAAAAAGUCAGGAGAGAUGUAGAUUACGUCUGUACGAGGUUUACGCAUGGGGAGGUCCUCUCGUAAUAGCUGGUACCGCUGCCAUAUUGGACGUUAUACCGGAGGACUCCGAGUAUGCCUUCUUGAGGCCAAGAUUUGGAACAAAACAGUGCUGGUUUUACGGGGACAUAGAAAUACUGACAUAUUUCUACGGACCUGUUGGUGCCCUUUUGGUAAUCAAUUUGGCACUGUUUGCAGCGACAGCUAGAGAACUUACAUGCGGUUUAUGGAAGAGGGAACUCGUUAAAUCGACUACAGAAAGAGCCGCUCUGGGACGUGUUUGUAUGAAGUUGGUGGUUGUAAUGGGCGUAACGUGGAUAGCCGACGUGCUAUCAUGGGCUGUCGGUGGCCCUCAGGAGCUAUGGUACAUUACUGAUAUCAUCAAUACUUUGCAAGGCGUAUUCAUCUUCAUCGUCGUUGGAUGUCAACCGCAGGUUCUGACUGCCGUGAAACGUUGGUGGUGUUGGAGGAAACAUCACGUUAAUGGAACGGCUGGUACAACAAACCACCAUUCGUCCAGUUCCCAAGGAUUACCGUCCAUGGGCGACACCGUGACCAACCAUAGUGUUUCGCAAAAUACAAAAUCGGUACCGUUAGAAACCAGCUGCUAAACCAUUUUUGUUUAUACUUUUAUAGUAUAUUAGCAUUAGUACUGAUUAAUAUAAAUAUUUAUACAGCUUCAAGUGCAAAAUGAAAGAAACAGAACAACGAAAACAAUAAACACAUUGUUAACGAAUUAGUGUUAAGCUUAAUCUGUAAGCUCAUAAUUUAUGGUUCUAACUGUACAGUUUUAUUUUGGCUUAAAAUUUUGUAGGUAAAUAGGGACAAAAACAAUUAUUAUUUUUCUCUUUUUCAUCAAAAUUGUAAGUCAGAAACGUAUUUUAUUUCUUGUAUUAUUUAUAAUAUGUUUUUUGUUGACAUAUGUUUUUAAAAAUAACGAGACUUUGGUCCUCUAGUAAGUAACGAAGUGAAAAUGAAAAUGUUUUUAAAAAAAUUCACCUACGAUUUUGAAAGCAAGCUUAACACAUUCGACUAAUGAGGUUAAUUGACGUAAUAAUAAAUAUGUAAUGUACAAAUGAUAAUUAUUAUAUCCACUAUUACAAUAUAUGUGAGGAAUGCGUUUUUGUAUGGUAAUUGCUAGUCACAUUUAUGAUAUCGAAUAAUUCGUAACAAAAAAAAAUUGUAUCACUAUAUUUCCUUUUUGUACGUAAGUAUUUUUAAUGUUAGGGUAGUAGUUGGGGGGUGUGAAGCUGUUGUGUUCUCUUUUUCACAAAAACUGAUUAAACUCGUUCUUGAGACUGACGGUUUAGAUUUUAUUUUAUUUUAUUUUAAAAGAAGAAAAGUUUUAGAUUAUGUUCCUUAUUCAUUGUUACCAUUUCGCCUUUGUAAAUAUGUAUUUUCUUUACGUUCAUUAUUCAUCAUUAAUCAUCAGUUGUUUAGUACUUCACAUGUUAUUUGUUUUCUUAAUUUUCGAAUUUCUGUCUUUGUUAAUUUUGUUAAGCAAAUGUAAAAGCGGCCAAAUCUGUGUAAAUGUUUGUCUGUAUGCAUGUUCGGUAUUAUUUUGAUGCCUUUGUAAUCCAGUAUUAGUGUUUAGUGUAUGCCUUUUUGUGUGAUCUGCCUACCUAAUGUAUAUUUUAUACGUUUUCGAGAAGAAAUUGAUGUGGCAAUUUUGUCUGUACAUUGUUUUUCGAUAUAUCGUACAUAAAUACAUACAUAUGUAUAUGUAAAAAAUGCGUACUAAGUUUAAGUUGUUUUAAAAGCCAUAAGUAGGUUUUUAAUCUAGUUUAUAAAUUUUUUAUGUUAUGCAUUUUGUUGUGUUGUUCUCUCACUAUUUAUGACUGUCAAUGUAUC